AUGCUCGCCAACCUCCCUCCAACCCUCUCCCUCUCCCUCCUAGGGAGUCUCCUCCCCAUCUUCAUACACCCAACACUCGGCCACAGCAUUUCCGCCCAUACGCCCUCUCACAACUCCCACAACCCACUCUGCACCCCCCUUUCCUUCACCCUCACCGCCACCGCCGAGCACAUCUCCCUCGCCUCCCCUCCCGACCCCACCAACGAAACUGAAAUCCUCAGCAUCCUCAGCCAAGCCUGGGACGGCACUCUAGUAACCAACGGCACCCAAACCCGCUGCUCCCACGAAAACGAAAAUAAAAAUGAGAAUAAAGAUGUCCUCCAAAUCCUCCUCCACGGCGCCACCUACAACAAAACCAUGUGGUCCGGCUACGGUUUUGGGUAUCCCUAUGACUGGCAGUCCUACGCGACCAGCCCUUCGCAAGGUUACCACACCCUUGCCCUCGACCGGCUUUCGCACGGGGAGAAUGACCCGCGCGGUCUUGAUCCGUUGAAUAACGUCCAGAUGCCGUUGCAGACGGAGCUUUUGCAUCAGCUUAUUUCCAUGGUCAAAACCAACACUACCUCUUCAAAGACCAACCCACUGGGUAAAACCUUCCCCAAAAUCGUCCUCGUCGGGCACUCCCUAGGCUCCUACCUCUCCAUCGCCCUCGCCCGUUCCUACCCCCUCGACGCGUCCGCCCUAGUCCUCACAGGCUACAGCUCCCGUCAAAACACCUUGCACGUGCGAUCCGCUCCCUGGGUAUCCGCGCCCCUCGUCUUCCCUGACCGGUUCUCAUCUACUCUUUACCACCACAACCUAGAGUACCUAACCGUCGCCACUUUGGAAGGCCGGGAGAAAGGGUUCUACGACAACGCCACCGAUGCUGCCGGUAGAACAUACGAUCCAGAGCUGGCGAGGACGGAUUAUGAAUACUCGGAUGCGAGCACGCUGGGGGAGUUGGUGAGUUCGGGGGAUUGGGGACGUGGUGCGGAGGAGUUUAGGGGUGCGGUGUUGGUGGCGACGGGACAGAGGGAUUGGGUUAUGUGUAGCCCGCCGGAGGAGAGUUGUGUGAGGAGGUUGAGGGAGACAGGGAAGACUUUCCCGAGGGCGAGGAGGUAUGAAAUUUGGGCGCCCGAGGAGACGGGACAUGAUUUGACGCUGAGUUAUUCGGCGGGGGAGACGUUGAGGGUGGUUCAUGAGUUUUUGGGGAGGGAGGUUUGA